AUGCCGGCUGCGGGCGGCACUUGGCUUUACGGUCCCGCCGAUGCUGCCAUGUCGCGGUCGAAUGUGAUGAGCUCUGGAAGCGAAGUUGGAUAUGGGCCGGGUGGAUCUCCCUACGCAUACUCCCCGCGGUCCCCGCGCUCGCCAAUGCGGUCCCCGUACUCUUCGCGCUCACCGUACACAUCACACGCAUACUCCUCAUAUGCGCCCGGAUUCCCUCCCGUGCAGCCGCUCAAUAUACACUCGCCGGCUCAUAGCGCUCACGACACUAAUGCGCCUGUAUCUGAUGGGGAGAGUGACGGGGAGAGUAUGCACUCGGAGACUGAGGGCGACUACGUUACGAACAUGGACGUCGAUCCUGAAGAACUGCUAGUCGCAGAUGAAGAGAAUGGAUAUGGAGUAGGAUCGGGACACAGAAAGUCAAAGAGACCAUUCGUCGGAGGCUUCGUUACGAACCUCAAGCGCCUACCGCGAGCCGUGGCCCGGAACAUGAUCCACGACCGUCGACCAAGCGCCGAUGCACCGCAAACCUCGCACUACAUCCAGCAAACCGAAGAUCCCUAUGCGAGUCCAAUCCCGGCCAUCGAAGUCGCACCGCCGUACAGCUCUCCUCGUGUACCCCCACCUUCCGGGCCAGUGCACUACGUCCAGGCCAUGGACAUGCCCCAAGCUCCGCGCGAACAUUACCUCGCCCCCGUGCGCUCGCAUACACCGCUCUCUCCGCCUCAGCUACCGCACAUGUCCGAAUCGACCCCGUCGCGCUUAAAUAUCUCGCGUCGCCCAGCAACCAACUCACAGAGCACGACCUCAUCCAAGUCGCACCCCUCGCGCCGCACCCAGAUCACCGUUCGCAAUCCGGAUCCCCGUUCGCCCACUUCUACUGCUAGUAGCAUCAGCAGCCAUCAGAGCAGCAGUCGUCAGCCGGCUGUUAUACCGAUGCCUGUACCGCUCGUGCCGCAGGAUGAUAAUCCGCCAGACGCCGAGGACAUCGAUACGCAGCGCUCGAGCAUCACUCAACGCCCUCCGGCACUGACGCCGGGAAGACCUGGUUCGUCUACCGCGCGUGCCAAUGGUACAGCGCCCCAAGCAGCAGCAGCUGCUGCUGCUGCGGUAUCAAGCCCAGAGUUCCACGAACUACCCUAUGCGGCGGACUACGCCCGUAUGGAGACGCCCCAGCGCCCACCAGAAGAUCCUCCUCUACAAACGCACUUCGCCGCCAUCGGCCGGUUCCUGAAGGAGAUCAACGACAUGCCGUGGUUCGGCGAGACGAUCGCGGAGGACUUUGUCCCCGCUGAGACGGAGCGCGCGAAGCGAAGGAGCUCGGGCGCGCCCAAACCGUGGUACUCGCUCAAAGGGCGCGCCGAUCUGCUCGCUGGGGCCGGUACGCCUGCGUUGGGGCGGAUGACUGCUGGAGGGUCUAUGGGUCAGAAUCCGAAUCAGAACUUGAAUGGGUAUCGCCCGCCGGUUGCGGCGACGUACCUCCCACCGCCGCCGCCGAUGUAUGUGUACUCGAUGCCGGGGAUGCAGCAGGGGACUCCGGGUGUACAGCCAACGCCGCAGCCUGCGUACCCGUUGUACCUUCUCGCUGUACCUUCUUCCAGUGUGUCGUCGCCUGAGUUGUUUGCUACGUUCCCUCCACCACCGGGUUCUGCUCAUGUACAUUCACCCGCGCGGACUGCUGAGGGCCUUUGA